AUGUUUUUAAAACUUGUGGCGCUGUUCUUGCUGACCUACGAGUCGCUGGCUGACAUCCCUCCCCUAUAUCGAUCGCGACCAUAUGAUAUUGGUGCGUUCGACCGAUGGCCUCACCAGCUGUACCACUCCAGCAAUGCUAUUGGACCUAUCCUGAACGUUCUUGAGGAAAACUCACAGUGUUACAAUGAGAGCAUUUACACUGUUGUGCCAUACUGGGGAAAGCAGGUGAACAUUCCGGGAGUGAUGCUCCUCGAUACAAAAGGUUAUCUCGUUUGGCAUACUACCGGGUAUGUCACAGCAGACAUACAAUAUUUUCAAGGAGAGGACUAUAUUGUCUCCCUAUCUGAAGAUUCAAGCUAUUACGCAUUAAUAAACUCCCGCUACGAGGAAGCUUAUCAAAUCCGUUCAGGCAACGGUUGGCAGCUUGAUGCGCAUGAGUUAACCCUGAGUUCCUCAGGGACUGCACUUCUAGUUAUCAAUGGUGUCUUCGCGGUAAACCAAACAACCUUCGAAGCACCACUGGGAGUCGAUUUCAUUCUGGAUGCAGGGUUUCAGGAGAUCGAAGUCCAGACCGGAGAGGUACUAUUUGAAUGGCGAGCUUCAGACCAUUAUAGCUUUGAGGAGUACUAUCAUCUCCAACCGGGUGAUGGUAAAACCGAAAAAACCGCUCCUGAUUUGUUCCAUGUCAACAGCAUCGAAAAAGACGAUCUCGGCAAUUACCUCAUCUCCUGUCGAAUGAUGAGCUCCAUUGCCUACGUGGAUGGUCAAACAGGCGCUGUGAUCUGGAAGCUAGGAGGAAAAGCAAAUAUGUUCAAAGACCUUUCCGGUGGCGCCGCAACAGCCUUCAAUGGUCAGCACCAUGCCCGGUUCCACAAAGAUGGCCAGAUUGUUUCCAUUUUCGAUAACGGGAACUGUCCUGGUCGUCCAGUGACAGGUCCAACCCGGGGUUUGACACUGGUCCUGGAUAUAGAGAAGAUGACUGUGCAGUUGCAGCAUGAAUACAUCAGUCCGAACAGUGUUCUCACGGACAACAGUGGAUCGAUGCAGGUCUUGGAUAGCGGCAAUGUGGUUCUAGGUUUUGGUCCGAAUGCGAACUGGGCUGAAUACGCCUCGAAUGGAUCUCUGCUUUGCAACGUUCAUCUGGGCCCCGAGACAUUCUUCAACAGCGGCGAAAUCCGUACCUACCGGAUCUCGAAGAGUCCCUGGGUUGGUCAUCCUCAGGGCAUGCCUAACAUUGCUGUGGACGGUGGACGGGUGUAUGUGAGUUGGAAUGGAGCCACAGAAGUGUUUAUGUGGUCUUUGAGCGGAAUCGAUAUUGAGGCUGCCUGGGGAGAAUCAGUUUUCUUGGGGACAUUUCUGAAAGAUGGCUUUGAGACUGAGAUAUAUGUUCCUACCAGCCCGACGUGUCGAUAUUUCUUCAUCAGCGCUCUGGACAGAGCCGGUCAGGUUCUCGGGUCGACCCCUACAGUGCAGUGGCCUGCUAAGUUUAGACAAGGUAUUGUAUACCAGGGUCUUUGA